CCACCAACGUUGCUCUCCACAGCGCUUAGUUCACACACCUCUUCCAUCGUGUGUUCUGUGACCGGUGCGGCAUUUCCUCUGUGCCUGGAAUGACAGGGCUUCCUCGCUGCUGACAGUUCUUCGUGUGCUGAGCGGGCAUGGUGCCGAUAUCUGCUGCCUCCUGUUAGAACGAAAGCGUCAACAUGCCCGGAUCACUUCGUCUGGCCGUGGUGUGUUCUAGCAACCAAAACCGAAGCAUGGAAGCUCACGCGUUCCUGAGCAAGAAGGGCUUCAAGGUGCGGUCCUUUGGUUCAGGGGCCCAGGUGAAACUGCCUGGAUCUGCACCAGACAAGCCCAAUGUGUACGACUUUGGUGUCACCUACGAACAGAUGUACCAGGACCUCAUGGAGAAGGACAAAGCCCUGUACACGCAGAACGGCAUCUUACACAUGCUGGAUCGGAACCGGCGGAUAAAGCCCACCCCAGAACGCUUUCAGAGCUGCUACGACAAGUUUGACGUCAUCUUCACGGUGGAGGAGCGAGUCUACGACCAGGUUGUCGAGGAGUUGUCCAACCGGCUACCUUGUGACAACUCCCCUGUGCACAUCAUCAACUUGGACAUCCAGGAUAACCACGAGGAGGCCACGAUAGGUGCAUUCCUCAUCUGUGAGAUGGCGCAGAUGAUGAGUGAUUCGGAGGAUCUGGACAAUGACAUUGAUGAGCUGAUCCAGGACUUUGAGGCCAAAGCACAGAGACCCAUCCUGCACACUGUCCAGUUCUACUGAUGACAUUGCAGCAAGAGGAUGUGUAAAGGGACAGAAUGAAGCAGUCUAGGCUGCUGUCCAGUGCAACUGGCACCGUCCUUGUGUGAUACCGUGACGAGUGUGCAAAACUGUAAGACAGUCCACAGCUCUAUUCUUGUCACUUUAUUAGAAACCUUGUUGUUGGUUUGCUCUGGAUCAGGUAUGCGUUGUAAUCUGAUUAAAAAGGAAGCGGUGCCCUUUUGUGAGAAACAUUUGUGCUUUAAGUGUAAAUUCUGCUGCAUGCUGUCAAGGACAGUAAUCCUGAACUCUUUUAUGCCUCUCGAUUAUAACAAUGCGGAAUUUCAGAGAUGCAAAGCUGUGACACUCGUCUGAAAAUAUUUGGUGAAUAUUAGUGCUUGAAGACUAUUAACUGCACUAGUAAACACGGACAAAAAAGCGCGUCCUGUCCUCCCUCGCUUUUGCCCGUGUUUACUAGCGCAGUUAAUAGGCUUUAAAAUGAAUGUGAACCAAAUAGCCUGACUUGGUGCUCUACAUGAGUGCUUGAAGAAAGGCUAGUGGACACUAUCAUCCAUCAAAAGAGCACAAUUGUGUGACUUUCUCACAACUCGAUUUCGGAAGCUUGUGCUUUUACAGCCUGAUCAAAGUCAUGCAGUCAUGCCAUUUCCUCUAAACUGCAUGAAAAACGAUGUGUGUUUUGAUCGUAUACGAGUUCCCUUCAAUUGACUUUUAAGUGCGGGAAGCAAAGAGCCCCAUAAAUUGUGGCGAAAGACUGUUGGCUGUAAACAUAAACCUGCUAAUAAAAAUUUCAUAACUAUA